AUGAUGCUGCCGCCGUUGCCAAGCAACGGGAAAGAGCCGCGCAGCGACCGUUGCCGGGGUAACGCGAGCCGCGCAUGCGCCGUAACGGGCGCGCACCUGCGUCCAGGUGUGCUCAUGGAGCCGGGGGAGGACGGGGCCGGCCCAGACCCGGGCAUGGAGCUCGGAGAGCCGGAGCCCGAACCUGAACUCGAUCCUGAACUCCAUCCCCAGCCGGAUCCCGGUGCUGAUCCCGAUCCCGGUACCGAUCCCGGUGCUGAUCCCGGUGCUGAUCCGGAUCUCGGUACCGAUCUCGGUGCUGAUCCCGAUCUCGGUGCUGUUCCCGAUCCCGGUACCGAUCUCGGUGCUGUUCCCGAUCCCGAUCUCGAUUCCGCUCCCGAUGCCGGUCGCGGUCCCGAUUCAGGUGCCGAUGCCGGUGCCGAUGCCGGUACCGAGCCCGGUGUCGAUCCCGGUGCCGGUACCGGGUCCAGCGCGGACUGGGAGCGCCAGCAGCGAAUCGCCGCCCGCCGGAACCGCGUCGAUGUCCGGCGCCGGGAAGCGCUGGGAGCGAAGGUGGAGCAGGAGCAGGAGGAGGAGGAGGAGGAAGAGGAGAGGAAGAGCCUGAGGCUGAUCAAGGAGACCGAGAGGGUCCUGGCCAAGCUGCUCUUCCAUGGGACGCAGCUCCUGACCAACGUCCAGGUGGAAUCCGACCUUCGGGAAUCGCGGCGGCGGGAGAGGGAGGGGCAGCAGAAGCGGAGGAGGCUGGAAAGGCUGGAGGAGGAAGCCAGGCACGGCACGGAAAAGCUGGAGGAGAUCAACUCCAAGUGGGGGCUGGUGGGGGAUGUGAAGAUCCCGCAGGAAUUGUGGGAGCUGCUGGAGCAGCAGCGGGAGGAGUGCGAGCAGCUCCUGGCGGGGAAGAACCAGCUCAUCCGAGAGCUCCAGGAGGAGCUGAAGGCCAGGGAUGAGCAGUACGAGCAGGCCCUGAAGGACCAGGCGGGCGCCAUCCAGGUGCUCCUGGAAAGGAUGGAAGAACAAACCAGGAAUAUGCUCAAAUCCUACCGGCAUCACCUCCGGCAGAUCGAGAAAACGUUCGAGGAGGAGCGGCGGGAGAUGCUGGUGAGCAACCGGAGGAGGUGGAACGAGGCCAUGCAGGCCCACAACGAGCAGGAGCUGGAAUUCCUGCGGAAGCAGAUGGAGAAGGCACUGGAUUUCGAGCAGCAGCUGAACGAGCUGCAGGAUUCCAGCUUGGAGAUCUACAACAACAUGAAAUCCCAGCUGGAACAGGAUGUGCAGCUCCUGGAGAGGAAGCUCCGUCAGAUGAAGGGCGUUUACCACCUGAACCAGGUGAAGCUGGAAUACAACCUGGACGUGCUCCGGCAGCUGGACCUGGAGAAUUCCACGCUCCGAUCCCUGCAGAAACGGAAAAUCAACCGUUUUCAGAACCAAUUUUUUACCCUUUUCAUAACCAAUUUUUUUUUACCAUUUUCCCAACCAAUCACUCUAAAAUUUUAGGAAAACCUCUAAAAUUUUAGGAAAACCCCCAGGAUUUGGCGUUUCCCCCCCAUUUCCCGCAGGCAGCUGUCGCGCAGCAGCGCCGAGAAAUUCCGGCAGGUUUGGAUCGUCAACGAGGAGGAGGCCAAAGCCUUGAUCCGGAAAGUUCUGGACGCCGACCGGAUCAUCCACAUCCAGCAGCUGGGAAUGCCGUGGGAGGAGCCUCACUGGUGGUUCAUGGACAACGUGGGACCCCUGGGAGGCCACCAGGAGAAGAGGGAGGCCAUGGAGUUGGCCACGAAGCUUCUGGAAGGUGGGAUCCCGGAAAUUCCUUGGGAUUUUUCCUCCUUGGGAAGGCUCCCGGUGUCCCUGUGGAUCCGUGGGGUUUCCUGGUGGGAUCUUCCAGGUGGGAUCAUCCAGGUGGGAUCGUCCAGGUGGGAUCUUCCAGGUGGGAUCUUCCAGGUGGGAUCUUCCAGGUGGGAUCUUCUAGAUGGGAUCUUCCAGGUGGGAUCUUCCAGGUGGGAUUUUCCAGGUGGGAUCUUCUGGGUGGGAUCAUCCAGGUGGGAUCGUCCAGGUGGGAUCUUCCAGGUGGGAUCUUCCAGGUGGGAUCUUCCAGGUGGGAUCUUCCAGGUGGGAUCUUCCAGGUGGGAUCAUCCAGGUGGGAUCGUCCAGGUGGGAUCUUCUAGGUGGGAUCUUCCAGGUGGGAUUUUCCAGGUGGGAUCUUCCAGGUGGGAUCUUCCAGGAGUGGCCAGCCUGAGCUGGCUCAUUCCCAGGGAUAUUCCUGCUGUGUGGGAGGUGGGAUCCAUAAAUUCCUUGGGAUUUUUCUCCUUGGAAAGGCUCCCGUGGAUCCGUGGGAUUUCCUGGUGGGAUCUUCCAGGUGGGAUCUUCCAGGAGUGGCCAGCCUUGAGCUGGCUCAUUCCCAGGGAUAUUCCUGCUGUGUGGGAGGUGGGAUCCACAAAUUCCUUGGGAUUUUUUCUCCUUGGGAAGGGUCUCGUGUCCCCCUGGAUCCGUGGGAUUUCCUGGUGGGAUCUUCCAGGUGGGAUCUUCCAGGAGUGGCCAGCCCAGAGCUGGCUCAUUCCCAGGGAUAUUCCCGCUGUGUGGGAGGUGGGAUCCCAUAAAUUCCUUGGGAUUUUUCUCCUUGGAAAGACUCCCCCGUCCCCCGUGGAUCCAUGGGAUUUCCAGGUGGGAUCUUCCAGGUGGGAUCUUCCAGGAGUAACCAACCGUGAGCUAGCUCAUUCCAAGCGAUAUUCCCGCUGUGUUUUUCCCAGUUCUUGGAAGCAGCUCUCAUCCCAGGAGCUUUGUUUUCCAGGGAUUCCCACAAUUUGGGAUCGUGCUCCCACUUCCCUCUCCCGAUUUCCAGGGAUCCAGCCUGGAAAAGCAGAGCAGGAAGGGAGGAGGAGUAAGAGGAAAGGAGCCCGGAGCGCCGAGGGAGGGAAGGAAAACCAGGAAAGGAUUGAGGAAAGAAUCACAUCCCGGCCAGGAAUUCCCAGGAAAACCCUCCGGAGAAUCCUGGAGGUCGUGAGCGACGAGUCGGCAUUCCUGCUGGAGAACAAACUCCUGAAGCCGCUGCGGGAGGUGGUGGGACCCAGGAAUGACGUCCAGCAGCUCCGAUCCAUCUUCGAGGCCCUCCGCAUCGAGGACGAGGACGAGCUGCGCGACCUCAUGGAUUUUUUCCUGGAUUACGAAUCCCACAACGCGCCCAAGAUCCCGCUUUUCUCCCUCCAGGUGAGCCAGGGAGAAGAUCCCACGGCUGAGGACCAAGGGAAGAGCGGAUCCCAUUCCCAGAGGGAUCAGAGCCAACCCCUCGGGAGCGCCCCUCGCAUCCCGGCCAUCCAAGCCGAUCACGUCCUGACAAUCCUGAGGGAAUUCCUCCAGGAAUUUGGCAAGCUGAGGGACGAAGGACCCCCCAAGGAAAUCCAGCAUGUCCGGGACAAUUCCAAGGACGGGGAAUACUGGGAAGCCCUGACCCGCAUCAUUCCCCAGCGGAAACUCAAACUCUGGGAUGCGCUCGGAGCCGCGCUCGUGGAAUAUCAUAAGGUGCUGACCAGGAGAUCCGAGCUCUUUUCCGAGGCCACGGCCCUGCAGCAGCAGAACUCGGAGCUGGGAAUGCUGCUGGAGGAAUAUUUGGCAUCCACGCAAGGCCCCUGAGCUCAGCCCGGAAUUCCCCGGGGAAUAUUCCGGACACGGAUCCCGCCGGGAUGGAGCCAAAACCCGGGAAUGGCCGGUGCCGGGUGUGGGAUUCCCUGGGUGUGAGGCAGGAAUUCCUGGCUGGGGUUAAUAAAUGAUUCCCAAACCUGGA